GGUACAAUGGACUCGCCCAUAUUGAAACCCUCCCAUUGGUCUCGGUUUUGGCUCUCUCCUUGCCGCUCCGAUGGCGAUCGCGGCCGUGGCCCGAUCCCUCGCCUCCUCCACCUCCUUGUCCUCCUCCUCCCGCUCCCACCUCACCCUCUUUCUCUCCAACCGCUUCUUCCUCUCCUCCUCCCACCCUGCCGGCUUCCGCCCCUCCCACUUCGUAGGCCUCGGCGGGCUCCGCCCCUCGCCCUCCACCCUCUCCCACCCGGCCGUCGGCCUCGCAGCGCCGGAUGCUUUCCGGGUUAACUCGAUCCGGUGCAUGGCCGGCGACUCGGCGUACUCGCCGCCGAACCCCGGGUCGGGCGGCGGCUUCAGCGACCGGCCGUCGACGACGGAGAGUGCUGAUGAGUUUGAAAGGCGUUUAUUUGGUGAUAUAGAAAAUAGUCCAAAUACCGAUUCCUUCUAUCGGAAGCUUGAUAAACUAGAAAAGGCUCAUGGGAGAUCCAAUGUUGGUUCCAAGAUGCAUGACGGUGGUCAUUCACAAUUUUUGGAUGGUUUAGGCGGGAGUUUCGAUACACUGUCGGAUGGUAUGGAUGAGAAGCUGAAGAAAGCUGCUCGUACGUUUGUCUAUAGCGAUGAGAUCCAUAAUGAAGAUUAUUCGUUCAGACCAGAUGUGAAAUUUUUACCUGGGAUGAAUUAUACCCCUAGGGAUCUUGAUCUGACAAAACCUGGGGUCCCGAAAAGUUUUAAAAGAGCUGAGUUUCAAACGACUACGCAGGAGGUUCUAAGGAAAGCUGAUUUCAGGAAUGUGAGAUUCCUGUCGAACUUUAUUACUGAAGCAGGAAUUAUCAUCAAGAGAAGUCAGACUCGUAUAAGUGCGAAAGCUCAGAGAAAGGUUGCAAGGGAGAUCAAAACAGCACGAGCUUUUGGGCUGAUGCCUUUCACUACCAUGGGCACAAAGCCAUUUGUAUUUGGGAGAAAUAUGAAAGAUGAAGAUGAAGAUUAUGAAUUUGGUACAUACAAUGGCAGUAUGGCUGGUGCUCCUGCCGGGCCAUAGGAAGGAGGCCGAUUUUGUUCAAGUUAAACUUAUUUAGGGGCCACAGCUUCGCCGAUUUAAAGAAGAGACUGGUUUACACUAGCCAUUUUGAUCAUCUUUUGUAGACACUUCUGUGUAUGGAUGUUCUAGGCAUGCACAUCUUGAAAACCGUAUGGCACUUACAAGUACAAGAUGUUUAGAAUGUGGCCUCACGUUGUAUUUAAAUGAUUACUACUAUAGUCGUGGCUCUAACUUUUGCUACAGUAUUCUUAGGCUCUGUUUUGAAGCAGAAUAAGAAAUCGGAAGUAGCUAUGUGCCAAAAAAAUCUGAA